GUGGGCCCUCGGCUGACACACUCGCAGGCAAAUCCUGCGGCAUCGGACAAGGCCGAAAGCGGCGAGGAAUCCCUGCAGCCUGCCACCAUGUCGACCUCUUUGCGGGUGAGCCCAUCCGUCCACGGCUAUCGCUUCGACACGGCCCUGCGCAAGAAAGCGGUGGCCAACAUCUUCGAGAGCCUGGAUCAAGAGGCCCUCACGAAGCUCUUCAAAAACUCGGGCGACAGGAAGGCGGAGGAGAGGGCCAGAAUCAUCCUGGCCACCGACCAGGAUCUGGAGGAGAAAGCGCGAUCCCUCAUGGCUUUGAAGCAGAGGACGCGAGAGAAGCUCUUCCAGUUCCUCAGGUUUGGGAAGCACUCCAUCAAAGUCCACUGAGGAGCGACGGACGGGCGGCACGGGAGGACGGAACGCGACCCUUUGGCCGGACCCAUCCUGGCGUCGCACCGGAGCCACCCCGCCUGCACGCGGGCUUUGAGCCUGCCAGGGCGAGGGGUGCUCGGCUGUGGGAGCCGGGUCCCAUCUUGGCACCUGUCAACUCUGACCGCUUGUGGCACCAGACUCGGACUUGCAAAACUGUAAAGGCCAAGGCAGUCCAGGGAGUUGGCUGCACCGAGUCGGAAAGACAGCAGCCCCAAGUUGCGGGGUGGAGAAGAGGAACGAGCUGUAGGAUCAGAUGCGCAGGCCAAGGAGAGACUAAAAUGCCCUCUUCCUCUACUUAACUGACAGUGUUUCCCAACAUUUGCUUAUUGAAUGUGUAAAUCCUUCGUAAGCCUCAUUCUUGUCUGCUGGGAUGAAAAGGAUUAGGAAACGAUGCGGGGCUGCCCGCUUGCGUCGGCUGAAAAUGCACCACCAGGAGAAAUGCAGCACCGUCCGGGUGUUUCGCACACGCCAGGGAGUGAACUUUCUGCUGGGACCCUGUGAAGCAACCCUGGCUCGUCUCUGAUGCUUAACCUAAUUGCACAAAAGUUUUGUGGUUCCUGUUCUUUUUAAAAAGAAGUUUCUUCCUGAACUGAAAGAAAAGUGGAAGUCUCUCAGGGGCAUCGAGUUCCCUUCACAUCAGAAUACAAUUUUUUAAUUUAAUUUUUUAUUUUUGCCAUCGUUAAGAACUCUUGCAGUGAAUUUAGCAGGCAACCAGCUAUGCAGAUGUUUUGCAUUGAUGCUUUAGUAAUGCUGGCAUUAAUUUAUUGCUUAUGCUAAUCUGUGGAGCAAAUAAAUUAUAAGGUUGAUAUAAA